AUGAGCCUAGUGGUGAGGAAGUCCUCACCCGUGGUGGUCAGGCCAUCGCCGGAGCAGGUGACGAUGAGGGGCACCAUAAAACUCUCGUCUUUCGACAAGAGUCUGAACAAUGUGCCGGAAACAUCGUUGCUCAUGUUCGAGCAUCCAAUCCACAACGCUGCCGGGACCAUACAGGCUGCCCUGUCCCGAGCACUGGCCCAUUACUACCCUAUUGCUGGUCGGAUCAUUGCAGGAGGAGGAAGCGGAGGCGGCGGCGGCGACGACGACGUCUACAUCGAGUGCAACAACGAGGGCGUGACAUUUGUAGCUGCAUCCACCUGUCAAGCCCUGAAGGAAGUUAUCUGCUUCGACCGAUCGCCGGACGCGAGGAAGCUGCUCGAUGAGCUUGUCGUCCACUACCCAGCCACGGCUUGUGGCCCCCGUGACCCUUUGCUGAUGAUGCAGGUGACCGAAUUCUCGUGCGGCGGUCUCGUCCUCGGGGUGACCUGGAACCACGGCAUCGCCGACGGCGUCGGGAUGGCCCAGUUGUUGCAGGCCGUCGGCGAGCUCGCUGGCGGGUUGCCAUCGCCGUCGGUCGCUCCGGUCAGGUGGGACGGUUCGCUCCCGACCCUCCCUCCCUCGGUCCUGGAUGCGGAGCACCUGAUCCUCGAUCCAAUGAACGGCGAUCUCGCCACUCUGGACAUCACCAUCCCCCUGAAAUCGAUUGACCAGAUCAGAACUGACUUCAGCGGCAGAUUCCAUGGCCAGCCGUGCACCACGUUCGAGGCGGUCCUCGCUGUCCUGUGGCGGUGCCGGACGCGAGCAAUCAGGCUCGAUCCGGAGACCCCAAUCCUGCUCAUGUUCGUCGCCGAUGUGCGCAAGCACGUCGGUGCCAAGGAAGGCUACUACGGCAACUGCAUCAUCGAUCAGCUCGUCGUGGCUACUAGCAGCGCGGUGCCGGACGGGGACGUCAAGGAUGUAAUCAUGGCGAUCAAGCACGCCAAGGAGCAGAUACCUGGCGGGCUGAGGAUGACCACGGGUCAGCACGAGCUGUGCAAGGUGCCUGCGUACCAUGCCAUGAUGGUGUCAUCGUGGCGGAAUCUUGGCUUCGACCGGGUCGAUUUGGGGAGCGGGAGGCCGGCGCGGGUGACGACCUCCGGGAAACAUAUGCCACCAGCGCCGUCCGCGCAGGGCUUUCUGUCCAGUGGGAGGGAUGGGGUCAGUGUGCUGUCGGCCUUAGUCACGGAGGAGCACACGGACGCUUUCCUUGCAGAAUUAGCCAAGUUUAUGUGA